GGGAAGGAAAAAAAAAAUUUUAACACUCUUGGUCUCCAGGCUUGAUAUGAAGAAUGCAGUAUAGGACAUUGGCAGAGUUUUAACAGAUAUAUCCUGUCCAGUGGGAUAUACCUGAUACAGCUCUACCAGGAACCAGCCAGGGAGUUUUGGCCGAUGCUUUCCCACAUCACAGAGAGCAAUCCCAGCGAUCCUAGCAAUCCUAGAAAUUCCAUAGGUCCAUAAGUGACCAUACAUGAGGACAGGGAUAAAGACUGAUGAGGAAGCAGAGAGCUUCAUCUGCAAACUGAGCUCCUGCUUCACAACCACAUACCGGUGUGUCUAAAACUCGGCGCUGCAUUGGUGAAGCUCGACUGUCAGCUGGACAAUUCGGAUCAUUCCUAAGAGCUUUGUUUUUGCGGUGUGAUGGAAACGAGUUUCCUACCAUCUCUGUCUCUGACAUGGAGUCUAGUCGUACUGGCGGUCACUCUGUUGUUUAUUUACAGUGUUUGGCCGUAUGGAUUUUUCAAAAAACUUGGGAUCCCAGGACCGAGGCCUUGGCCCUUCAUGGGAACCUUCCUGUCCUACAGAAAGGGUUUUUACAAUUUUGAUACGGAGUGCUUCAAGAAAUAUGGAAAGGUUUGGGGGAUAUAUGAUGGAAGACUACCCAUUCUGAUGACCUUAGAUCUUGAAAUGAUCAAGGCUAUUAUGGUAAAAGAAUGCUUCUCUACCUUCACUAAUAGAAGGGACGCAAAUAUGGAUUUGGCUGGUCCCUUCGCUGAUGGGAUAACUGUAGUAAAAGACGAAAAGUGGAAACGAAUCCGUGCUUCGCUCUCUCCAUUCUUUACAAGUGGACGACUUAAGGAGAUUUUUCCUAUUGCUGAGAAAUAUGCAAAUCACUUUAUUGACCAUUUGAAGAAGAGAAACCCAAGAGAAGCAGUCAAAAUUAAAGAGGUCAUUGCUCCCUAUACGAUGGAUGUGGUCACCAGUGCCUCCUUCAGUGUUGAAAUUGAUUCCAUUAACAACCCUGACGAUCCGUUUGUCGUCCAUAUCAAGAAAUUUUUCAACUUCAACUUCUUCAGUCCCUUAAUUCUGAUAAUUACCAUCUUUCCCUUUGUUGUUCCAAUUUUAUCCAAACUGGGGGUGACCCUGUUUUCAAAAUCAGCUAUGGACUUUUUCUACAGCGCGCUGAAAAAGAUCAAAGACCAGCAUAACACGAAUGAAAAAAGGCGAGUGGACUUCCUGCAGCUCAUGAUCCAAAGCCAAAUAUCUGAUGAGCAAGCUGAGAAAGCCAAUGAUCAACCAAGCAAAGGCUUGACCGAUCACGAGAUUCUUUCCCAGUCCUUCAUUUUCAUCCUGGGAGGCUAUGAGACCACCAGCACUACCCUCACUUACCUCCUGUAUAAUCUCACAGUUAACCCCGACUGCAUGAGCAAACUGGUGGAGGAGAUUGAUAAAACCUUUCCUCUUGAUGCUCCAGUGACCUACGAUGCGUUGAUGAAGUUUGAGUACCUGGAAAUGGCCAUUAAUGAGUCAAUGCGUCUCCUCCCUACUGCUCCUCGUCUGGAGAGGAUGUGCAAGAAGACUAUAGAGCUCAAUGGAAUCACCAUUCCUAAAAACACUCUGGUCGGAAUUCCUACGUACGUUCUAAACAGGGAUCCACAGCUCUGGGAGUCUCCUGAAGAGUUCAGACCUGAGAGGUUCAGUGCCGAGAAUGACAUCAACCCCUACACGUUUAUGCCGUUUGGUCUUGGGCCUCGUAACUGUGUGGGAAUGAGAUUUGCUCUGAUGAUCAUGAAACUGGUGAUAGUGAAGCUGCUGCAGAACUUUAGUGUGGAGACGUGCAAAGAGACGCAGAUUCCCAUUCAACUCAAUGCUCUCUUUCAACCAAAAGUUCCGGUGACUCUGAAGUUCAUUCCAAGAACGCACAAAAAGGAAUAGUUCAGCAUGAUUUCAUUGUGGCUGUGAUUUUGUUUUAUUUCACAGUGUGCACUGUAUGUUUGCAAACAUGAUGCACUAAUAACCACCUUUUCAAUUUAGUGGCGCUUUAAGUUUUACUCUAUGGCUAUAUUGUGAGUGUUAAAUACAGCAAAUUAACAACACUUUUUUACAUAUUAUUGCUUAAUUGUAGAUUUACUGUCAGUAAGGGCUUUCAUUUCAACUCACUUAAGGAAGAAUAUCUGCAUGAUUGGUACAAGUAUUAAUCCAUAGGGAGAACACUUUUUUUUUUUUUUUUUUAGCAGUAUAUGCCAGUGCUCCAUAGAGGAUGCCUUUAUACUCUGUUUUAUACUCCUAUACUGAAGAUAAUUAUAUUGAAGAAUAAAGAUAAUUAAAUAAGCAUGGAGGAAAAA